UAAACAGCGGUGAAAAUUUAGGGCAAAUUUCAAUUCCAGAACGAAACCUCUCGAUCAAAUCCACAAAGUCACCACACAAUCACUGCGUGAGAAAUUUCCAUGGUUUUACAUGCAUAACUGAAUCCACAGCCCAUACUUUACCUCUGAUGCGCCUACAUUUUCAUAUGUAGGCGUUGAAAGAGAGAGAGAGAGAGAGAAGAGCAUAGUGUAGUAGUGAGAGAGAUACACGUAAACGAAUACAGUCCAAGUGUAUAACGAAGGAUUCAGGGGCGAACACGGCGCUUCCAUUCACCACUUCCGCCACAGUUUCCUUUCCCAUUCAUCAAUUAAACUACUUCUCCAUUGGUUAUACGUCGCCCUCUUUCAUUUGGAUAUACGCCCAGUUUUGUUCAUUCAACUAAUCUAUAACUGAUUCAUGCUCUCUGUGGGAUAAUUAAUCAAUUGCUGAAAUGGAGACUUCUACUGCUGCCGGAUUCAGCUUGGAAGGGAUUGAUGAUGUCCAGGAUUUACCAUGGCAGAAUGGGGAGGGAUCAUCAAUCUCAUGGGAGCGGUAUAGCCAUCUCUACGACCUCAUGCAAAGGGGAAACACGGCAUUUCGUGAAGAUCGAUUAGAUCAGGCAAUUGAAUUAUACUCGAGAGCUAACCACAUUAAGCCCGAUGAUUCUAUUAUUCUGAGCAACCGAUGUGCUGCCUAUCUCCGGAUUAGCCAAUUCCUCAGAAGCAGGCCUCCUUCUGCUUCAGAACAUAGGCCGUUGAAUGGGUUGGAUCCAACAACUCAUGCUGGGCUUGCACUAAAUGAUGCGGAGAAGGUGAUGAAUCUGGAAAGUAAUACAGCAGCCUCCCACAUUCUUAAGGCUAAUGCUCUUAUUUUGUUGGAAAAGUACGAGCUGGCUCAAGAUGUUAUUCGGUCAGGCCUUCAGAUUGAUCCUCAAAGCAGCAAUGCUCUUUCAAAUUUAGAGAAGAAAAUAGCCAAUAAUUUUCCGAGGAGAAGCCAUAUAAACCCUCAACGAACAGAUGAUUAUGAUUGCACUCUAUGUUUGAAGUUACUGUACGAACCAAUCACAACUCCUUGUGGGCAUUCUUUCUGUCGGUCAUGCCUGUUUCAGACUAUGGACCGAGGUAAUAGAUGUCCUUUGUGUCGUACUGUUUUGUUUAUUAGCCCCAGGACAUGUGCAAUCAGUGUCACAUUGAACAACAUCAUAGAGAAGAGCUUUCCAGAGGAAUAUGCAGAGAGGAAAUCGGAGCAACAUAGUUUGACAAACCCUGGUCCUGAUUUGUUGCCUCUUUUUGCCAUGGAUGUUAUACUACCGUGCCAGAAGUUACAGCUAAACAUUUUUGAACCGCGCUAUAGACUUAUGGUGAGGAGGAUAAUGGAGGGCAAUCGCCGGAUGGGAAUGGUUGUGAUUGACCCAUCAACUGGUUCAGUCGUUGAUUAUGCAUGUGAGGUGGAGAUUACGGACUGCGAGCCUCUUCCAGAUGGGCGUUUCUUUUUAGAGGUUGAAAGUCGGCGGAGAUGUCGUAUCAUUAGAAAUUGGGAUCAAGAUGGAUACCGUGUAGCCGAGGUUGAAUGGGUGAAUGACAUAUCUCCGCCAGAGGGAAGUGAAAGAAAUGAUUUGCUGGAGAUGACAAAUAAGGCAGCAGUUUUAGCUCGCCAAUGGAUAAACGAGGCACAAGAAGCAGCACAAGGGGAUAGAAUAAGGCGUGCAGAGCUUUUUAAAGCCGAAGGAUUGAUGCCCCCCACUCCCACACGUGAUCCUGAGCGCUUCAGUUUUUGGCUUGCUACAUUGACAAAUCGUAGGCCAUCAGAAAGAUUAGAGCUCCUUCGGCUUAGAGAUACUCGAGAGAGGAUUACAAGGUCUCUUCUCUUUAUGAAGGCGGAAGAGCAAGGAUGUAGGCUGCAGUGAAAUGCUAUUCUACAUCGUGUGACAUUAUUUGACAAUUUGAUUGUUGGUAUUCUUUCAUUUACCAGCUUAUUCAUAUUAUUCAUUGAUCCACACAGCAGUGGGAUCAUACAUACCUUUCAAAUAUGGGAAAUGGGAAAGAGAUACAGCAAGGAACCAUAAUCAUGGAUGUUAUCGUAUACUGUAAAAAUUAAAUACUACAACUGAAUUACUAGUUUCUAACAUGCAGUAAAUAGUACAUCAAUUCCAUUUUUGGUGUGUA